AUGGAUGCUGAGACCUCACAGGCACUGCCGCAGGCCAUGGAUGACUCCAUCCUGUCUUCCACUGACCAACCCUCAUCACACAACUGGGACUAUGGGGAAAUGAGGGAUCUCAUCACCAUCUGGGUUAAAGAGGAGAAAAAGGAAAUUUCUGCCUCUUUCCUGGUAAUUAACCAGGCAGAUAUUCUCUCUUUUGCCUAUAUCUGCUUGAUACAGGAGGAGAAAAAUGGAGUUGUUGUGGCUUACAGCUCCCUGGCCAGUAUAGAACUGCAAAAGAACAACUUAAGCCGAGAUACGCACCAGGAGGAACCAGAGGAUUCUGAAUGUAACCUGCUAUGCGAUUGCCAAAGCCAGUCAAAGUCCUAUGAGAGCAGAAAAAGAGAACAGUGUCAAGCCACACGGAAGCUCUGUGCAGCAUCAGUCAUUUGCCUCAUUUUCAUGAUUGCAGAGAUCACAGGUGGAUGGAUCGCAGGAAGUCUUGCUGUGAUGAGUGAUGCAGCGCACAUCCUGGUUGACUUGACAAGUUUCCUGAUCAGCCUCUUCUCACUGUGGUUAUCAUCGAAACCUGCAACUAAACAGUUAACUUUCGGAUGGCACAGAGCAGAAAUUCUGGGCGCUUUGAUGUCAAUGAUGAUCAUUUGGAUGGUGACUGGCGUGAUGACAUAUUUGGCUAGCCUCAGGCUCCUUCAUCCAAAUUAUGAGAUUGAAGCCACAGUGAUGCUCAUUACUUCGGGCUGUGCAGUGAUAGCUAAUAUCAUAAUAAGUUUGACUCUACACCAGACUGGCCAUGGACAUAGUCAUGGAGCACAAGCCAAUGAACGUAUGUCAGCUCCACAACAGAAGCCGGUUUUGGCCAAUGCCAGUGUGAGGGCAGCUUUUGUUCAUGCCAUUGGGGACAUAUUUCAGAGCAUUAGUGUGCUAAUUAGUGCACUUAUAAUAUUCUUUAAGCCAGAAUACAAAAUAGCUGACCCCAUCUGCACAUUUGUCUUCUCCUUCUUUGUUUUGGCAACAACCAUCACCAUUUUAAGGGAUAUUUUGCUCAUUUUAAUGGAAGGAACAACAAAGGUAUUUAAUUAUGAUGCAGUGAAAGAGAAAAUUCUAGCUGUUGACAAAGUGCAAUCUAUCCACAACCUUCGUCUUUGGUCUCUGACAAUGAAUCAAGCUAUUUUAUCUGCUCACGUUGCCACAGCAAACACAGUGGACAGUCAACAGAUUCUAAAAGAAAUUACUCGAGUGCUCCUUGACAAUUACACUUUUCACUCUGUCACCAUUCAGAUAGAACAACAAGCAGAUCAAAAACCAGACUGUGUCUUCUGUCAAGAGCUAAGGGAUUAACGUAAUCAGGACACCUUGUCAAACUAUCAUCAUGCCUUUAAUAGGUCAAUGAGCACUAUGCAGGAUGGCUGCAUAUAAUCUACUAGGCACAAACAAAAAUUAAUUGAACAAAAGGGGUUUCUCACAAAGUGCAGUUCACCAUUGUUCUUUGGUGCCAUCUACCAUGCAGGGAAAGAACAUUAAGUACCUGUACACAUGUGGGAUGCCGCCUCCAACACUUCCUAAUUAGAACACGUCUGAGUGCACUUGAUUAAUCCAGUCUGCUGGAGUGUUCUAAUUACAAUACUCCAACAGCCUCACCAGCAUGUGUAUUCAAUGUCCCCGCAUUACAAAAUGGCAGCGGAGGCACUUUAACUAAAGCUUGUCA